ACAAAAUUUUAAACACUGUUGUGUUUUUGUUUUUGUCUCUUCUUGAACCAAGAAGGUCGGUAUAGGUUAUGGAGAAUGGAAUUGGAGGGCUGAGACAUAUGUUGACGACGGUCUUCCUUUCUGGCUUCGCCGGAUUCAUGGUAGUACCGGUGAUUACCGACGUCACCGUCGCCGCCGUGUGCUCCGGUCCAGAUGACUCAUGUUCUCUGGCUGUUUACCUCACUGGUUUCCAACAAGUGGUAAUAGGGAUGGGGACGAUGAUAAUGAUGCCAGUGAUCGGGAAUUUAUCAGACAGAUAUGGGAUUAAAACAGUCCUCACACUUCCUAUGUGUCUCUCCAUUGUUCCUCCUGUAAUUUUAGGGUACAGAAGGGAUACAAAAUUCUUCUACGUGUUUUAUAUAAGCAAGAUUCUGACCUCUAUGGUAUGCGAAGGCACCGUCGACUGCCUCGCUUAUGCUUAUGUGGCAGAAAAUAUUCACGGUAGUAGAAGAAUAUCAGCAUUUGGUAUAUUAGCUGGUAUCAAAACAAUCGCUGGACUUUUCGGUACACUAGUUGCUCGUUUCCUACCCAUAGCUUUGACUUUCCAGGUUUCUGCUAUAGCAUUUCUCGUUGGCCUUGUCUACAUGAGAGUUUUCCUAAAGGAAAGGCUAAACGAUGAUGAAAAUGAUGAUCAUCAUGGUACGUAUGGUCAACAUGAACAUGGUAGUAAUGAUGUGGGAAUGUUAGAAGAGCCGAUUCUUAACGACAGACCCAUUAAGACACGUGUGUUUCACAAGAAGUAUUCUUCAUUGAAAGAUACCAUCAGCUUGAUGAAGACUAGCACCAUAUUCGUGCAAGCAUUGGUUGUUACAUUCUUCAGCAGUUUCUCAGAUAGUGGAAUGGAGUCAGCUUUCUUGUAUUUUCUGAAAGCACGUUUUGGAUUUGACAAGAAACAGUUUGCUGAUCUCUUGCUCUUGAUUACCAUCGUUGGAUCUAUCUCUCAACUAUUUGUUCUGCCAAGAUUUGCAUCUGCCAUUGGAGAACGCAAGCUUUUAUCAACAGGGCUUUUCAUGGAAUUCAUAAAUAUGGCCAUUGUUAGUAUUUCUUGGGCACCAUGGGUUCCUUAUCUCACUACUGUCUUUGUACCUGGAGCCUUGUUUGUGAUGCCCUCAGUUUGUGGUAUUGCCUCAAGACAGGUUGGAUCUGGUGAACAGGGAAAGGUGCAAGGAUGCAUAUCUGGAGUUAGGUCCUUUGGCAAAGUUGUGGCACCAUUUGUAUUCAGUCCAUUGACAGCAUUGUUUCUUUCGGAUAAUGCGCCGUUCUAUUUCCCUGGAUUCAGCCUUCUUUGCAUCUCCUUGUCCUCGUUGAUCGGGUUCUUUCAAAGUCUAUUGAUUAAUGAUGUUCUAACUUCACCAUUGAACAAAGCAAUCAACAAGAUCUCAGAAGAGGAAGUGUGAUUACAAGAACUCAUCAAGUUAUAUAUAAGAUAAGAGUGUAUAUAUAUAGCUUUGUAGUAUAUGAUAAAAAUUUAUGUCGAUCAAUAUAUUCAAAAUAUGAUCACAAAUGUAGACAAAAGAAAAAUAUAUAUUAUUAGUUACAUAAACUAAUGAUUUAAUGAUUAA